UUCUUUGGUACGGUAAAUAAACACACAAGCUUAGCACAGAUUUUGACCCAUUUAUUAUAACGAAAAGAUUGUUGACUGAUGGCGGAAUACAUUACAACAUUUAAUAAUAUUGUUAAUAAUAUUUUAGGCGCAGAAGGUCCAGUUUUUGAUAAAGAUGGCAAUUUCUUUAUGGUUGCCCCAGAAAUAGAAAAAAAUGGCAAGCCAGCCGGUCAAAUUUUAAAAAUCGACGUCAAUUCUGGAAAGGUGGAGGUUAUUUGUGAGCCCAAUGUAAACAAUAAUGGUGGCAUACCUGCAGGAUGCCAGUCUGAUAAACAUGGCAAUCUAUAUGUUGCUGAUAUGAGACUUGGAAUUUUGUUUGUCAAGCCCAAUGGAGAGUUUCAACAGGUAGCUGUAACAGACAGCAACGGACAAACAAUGCAAGGUUGCAAUGACUGCAUCAUGGACAAUGAUGGAAAUCUUUGGGUAACCGCACCAGCAGGGGAAAUAGCUCCAUCUCCAUACAAACGAUCCUUUGAGGAAGCUUUUGGGUCUAUCUACUGUUUAACAAAGGACAGAACUGUGAUUCGUGUAGAUACAGGCUUUAGAUUUCCUAAUGGGAUUGGCAUGAUUCAUUGUAAAGAUGGACAGCCCUCCAAACUGAUAGUAGCAGAAACUCCUACUAGACUGCUCUGGUCCUUUGAUAUUCAGGCACCAGGUGUUGUAAAUAAUAAGGCCAUUUGGGGACAGUUACCAGACUGCGGGUGUGAAUCUGGACCAGAUGGCAUGGACUUGGAUGAGAAAGGAAACUUGCUAGUAGCCCACUGGGGUAGUGGUUAUAUUGAAGUGUUUCAACCAGAGGGCGGCCAGCCAAUAAAACGCAUCAAGUGCCCUUUUGAUAAACCAAGCAACAUUCACUUUCAACCAAAUUCUAAUGUGGUUUACGUGACAGAACACACUAAUCAUGGGCUGUGGAAGUUUCAAUGGGAAAAUAAGGGGAUGCCACAGUUCUGUGAGCAAUAAUCAUUUCAUGAUUCUAUUUGUUAUUAAAUACUACAAUUCUUAAUCGGCUCUAUUUUCUUGAGCCAUUCAGUGAUACACACUGGAUUUAUAAAUGUUUACUGGGCUUUUUCACCAUUUUAUAAACUAAUGUGAUAAGAGAAUAUGAAUUUAGCUCAUAUAUUAACUAUGUAUCUUUAAGCUAUAAUCAUAUUUUGUAACACUUCAAUCAUUAAUUUAGAAUAUGUUCUAGAUCUUACUACAUGUUAAUGUAA